UGUGAACUGGGCGAAGUGGGGAUCCCUGCCCCUCGCGCUAUCUUUCUUGACCUCGUGGAACCGGUUGGGGUCUCACCGUCCUAUUUGACAGGUGUGGGAAACGGGGGUAGAAGGUGACGAUAACCCAAACAACCAUCUAGGGCGUCUUUUGCGCCUCCUAAAGGGCCCCAGCUGUUCCCAGCAAAUGUCUUGUCCGCUGCGGGAGCCCUGCUCGAGACUGGCUAAUAAUAGGUCUUUGGGUCAGAAUUGCAAGGACCCUGGGAAGUCGUCUGGUGCAACUCCUUCCCAGGACCUAGCCCGUACUCCGGGAAGGGGUAAGGGCGUGCCUAAGGUCACCCAGCGAGUUAAUCGUAGACCUACGCCUGGAAUGCAAAUGUUCCUAAGCUUCAGCAGCUGUUUGCUUUUCGCCACACUGCCUCCUGCGGGAAACUUGACGUGUGAAAAGGCACCCUUUUCUGUCCCUUUCUCUUUUAGUCCACUCCCUUUUUAGCUGUCUGCAUUUUCCACCACUGGGGUUUGGUUUGCUCUGGGUGUGGUUCCCUGUUUGUUCAUUAUUUUUCUGCAAGCUCAUCCUUCUCUAGGUUUUGGUUUCUAACCGUCCUGGAUUCUAUGUAAGUCAUACCAAAAUAUGAAAUAUGAAUCGGAGUGUGCUUCUGGGAGGUUGGGCGGCUGAGCCGAGGUUGUGGACAUCAGAGCCCUGACAUUAACUUGAAGAAUGUAAAGACCUUUGCUUUAUUUUUUCUGUAACUUGUCAGAUUUGGGGUUGCUCAUCUGGAUGGACGUUUUACAGUUAUUUGAAUUUUGCUGAAGAUAGCAUCAUGGUGCAAUGGACAGAACAGAGAUUGAGGAAUCAGGAGAUUUUGUCCUAGCUCUGCCGCUUACCUGGCAACCUUAGCUGCCAUGUCCACUCAGAGACUUCGGAAUGAAGACUACCAUGACUACAGCUCCACUGAUGUGAGCCCUGAGGAGAGCCCGUCCGAAGGCCUCAGUCGCCUCUCCUCCCCGGGCUCCUACCAGCGCUUUGGUCAAAGCAACAGCACAACAUGGUUCCAGACCUUGAUCCACCUGUUAAAAGGCAACAUUGGCACAGGACUCCUGGGGCUACCUCUGGCAGUGAAAAAUGCAGGCAUUGUGAUGGGUCCCGUCAGCCUGCUGGUCAUAGGCAUCAUAGCUGUGCACUGCAUGGGUAUCCUGGUGAAAUGUGCUCACCACUUCUGCCGCAGGCUGAAUAAAUCCUUUGUGGAUUAUGGGGAAACUGUGACGUAUGGAUUGGAAUCCAGUCCGUGCUCCUGGCUCCGGAACCACGCACACUGGGGAAGACAUGUUGUGGACUUCUUCCUGAUUGUCACUCAGCUGGGAUUUUGCUGUGUCUAUUUUGUGUUUCUGGCUGAGAACUUUAAACAGGUGGUAGAAGCGGCCAAUGGGACUACCAAUAACUGCCACAACAAUGAGACGGUGAUUCUGACGCCCACCAUGGACUCGCGACUCUACAUGCUCUCUUUCCUGCCCUUCCUGGUGCUGCUGGUUUUCGUCAGGAGCCUCCGAGCCCUGUCAGUCUUCUCCCUGUUGGCCAACAUCACCAUGCUGGUCAGCUUGAUCAUGAUCUACCAGUUCAUUGUUCAGAGGAUCCCAGACCCCAGCAACCUCCCCUUAGUGGCCCCCUGGAAGACUUACCCUCUCUUCUUUGGCACAGCGAUUUUUGCUUUCGAAGGCAUUGGAAUGGUUCUGCCCCUGGAAAACAAAAUGAAGGAUCCUCAAAAGUUCCCACUCAUCCUAUACCUGGGCAUGGCCAUCAUCACCAUCCUCUACAUCAGCCUGGGGUGUCUGGGGUACCUGCGAUUUGGAGCUAAUAUCCAAGGCAGCGUAACCCUCAACCUGCCCAACUGCUGGUUGUACCAGUCGGUUAAGCUGCUGUACUCCAUUGGGAUCUUUUUCACCUACGCUCUCCAGUUCUAUGUCCCGGCCGAGAUCAUCAUCCCCGUGUUUGUGUCCCGAGCUCCAGAGCACUGCGAGUUAGCGGUGGACCUGUUUGUGCGCACAGUGCUGGUCUGCCUGACAUGCAUCUUGGCCAUCCUCAUCCCCCGCCUGGACCUGGUUAUCUCCCUGGUGGGCUCCGUGAGCAGCAGCGCCCUGGCCCUCAUCAUCCCACCCCUCCUGGAGGUCACCACCUUCUACUCAGAGGGCAUGAGCCCCCUCACCAUCUUCAAGGACGCCCUGAUCAGCAUCCUGGGCUUCGUGGGCUUUGUGGUGGGGACCUACGAGGCUCUCUAUGAGCUGAUCCAGCCAAGCAAUGCUCCCAUCUUCAUCAAUUCCACCCAUGCCUUCAUAUAGGGAUCUUGGUUCGUCUCUGCAGCUGCCUACCCAUGCCCUGUGUGUCCCCCGUUACCUGUCCCCAGAGCCUUAGGUAUGGUGCAGGCUCUGAGGAAAGUCAGGGUCACUGUGUGGGAACCACUCUGCCUGGCACCUGGGUACCCCAGGCCAGGUAAGGCUGAGGGCAGGUGAGAGGUGGGGUGGCAGACACGCAGAAGUGCUGCAGUGACAGGGUUGUCACUGCUCACUUGUAUCUAUUUACACCCAGAACUUUCCAGAUCUCCCCCAUCAUGCCUCCUCCUUCCUACCUGCCCUCUGCCUGCUGGUGCACCUCACCUAACUCAUUCUCACUGCACAGUUCACUUUAUUUAACAAUUUUAGUGUCCCCCACCUCAUGUUUUCUCCUUUUCGGGGCCAAGCAUAGAUGAAAUAACUGGGAACUUCCCCUCUUUAUAAAGCUGGGCUUCUUUCCCAUCUCUCUCCCAAAUGUUGUAUCUCAGUAUUUUUCCUAUUCGAGUCUCCAGGGGGUGGCUGGACCUACGUGGUCAUUUGAAACAGGCCCCCCAAGCUGGAGUUUUUAAUCUUGACUCUGGCUUGCCGUGACCCCUAAGGCAAUGCUUCCCUUCUCUGGAUUCCUUAGUUAUGGGUCACAGUACUGUACUCUUAGUUGUUUUAGCUCUUAAAACAUAUGAAAUGUUGCCUAAACUGAAAAUAUUUAUAUCUUAUUUAAAAUCAGAUUUUUGUUUUUAGACUGUCUCUAGAUUUGGGGUUAUUACAAAUCGCUUCUUCCUCAGUAAACUUUGACUCAACUUCUCCUGCUGAAAAGAAGCUCGCUCCAGGAGAUGUCUGCUUGGGUCCUCAGCACUCUUUGCUGAGGACUCAAAGGUUUUAAUCAGGAUCAUCUAAAAAUGUACCUCGGUGAGGAGGCGCGGAUUUUGCCUCCUGUUGACCAGCCUGGUUUCAUAUGAAAAGACACUGAAGGACUGCAGAAAUGUUGCGGGUGCACCAGGCCAAGGGAAGUGUGGCUGAGUGAGAGGCGUAUGAAGUGGGGCUGUGUACGUUUCAGCCUCAGCCCAUGCCAGGUGAAAGGAUGAGCAAUGCUCAGUCACCAUCAGGCUGGGACGACACCCGCUCUGUUGCCGCGGAUGAGUAGCUGAGGUCAGUGUGCACAGACAGUUUUAAAUUAAGUUCAUAAUCUUUACAGCAGCUGGUCUGACAACUACGUGUGGUGCUUGGUUGUUUACAAUCAGUGGGGAAUAGGGCAGAACCAGUGCCCGGCCCCACGCUGCCUCUGUGGCCUGGACUUUGAAAGGAACCAUUGAACCACUGAACACUAACGAGCCCUGUCUUUCCCCCAGAAUGCCUCCCUGGGUAUCGCAGACAGCCUUGAGGUUGGUCCUCCUCAAGGUCAGCCUUCAGAUUUGGGAGCAAACUUCAAAGAAGGCAGAAGAAGAUACAUUGCCUUGCUGUGCCUGUCUCUUCUUUCCUCUUAUUGUGAGAAAUAUUUCAGAAGGUCAUUGAUGAAUUCCCCCUCUCAUUAGCGCUGUGUGUGUGCACGUGUGUGCACAUGUGUGUGCUUCUGUGUUCCUGUGUAAGCAACAGAGCACACUCCUUGUCUUUUCUGUUCCUGUCACCAGGCUCUUGCUUCACUGCAGAUACGGUUCGCUCCGAAAGUUAGUUGAGGGAGAGCAGCAAAAAUGUAUCAGGAGUUUUGCUUCUGUGUUUCACUAAAGCUUAUGGGGCUCUGACCCACUCACAUGGCCCCAGUUUUUUCUUUCUCUUCUGUUCCAAAGCCAGGAGAGCUGACUUCCAGGAGAAGAGAUGGGAAAAAGGGGACUCUCAUUGUAGUGGCUCCCGACCUACCUAAUAAUUUGUUAACUUGAGAACAUGCCAUCAUUGUUGACUUGUUCUUCCGUAGGAGAAGGACGGUUUUCACCCACCCUUUCUGUUCUAUGGUGGACUCUAACAGGUGCUAUAUGACCGAGAAUCUAGCUGGGAGUAGCAGAGGCCCUGUCUUCUGAAGUUUCACGUUUAGAAGUUAUCACCGUGGGCUCAGAAACUGUCAUCUCCUGGUUCUAAGCUUGGCCUCUGGCAGCCCAGCCGCUAUCUUAGCUGUCUUCUCAGUGGUGCUGAGAGUGGUCUCAGUGAGAAGGCGGAUGCCAACUGGAGGGCCAGACCUGUGUCCUUCCCACGUCCUCCUUGGUGGACGUUUCUCAGAGCUGCUAAAGGCCAUCCUGCCCAGCUGAGGUCUGAGACGGGGACUGUGAUGCUGGGACCUGAGGGCUGGAUGGUAGAAUACUGGGGUCCCCCAGCUCUUAGGAAGAUACAGGCUAUUGCUCCCAUGGUCUUGACCUGAGAACGUGGUAUGUAGGAGAGUUGGCUGUAGCUUUAGGAUUUCUGGAAGCCAAUUUGGCAUGGCCAGUUUGAUCUCUGUCUUGUGUUCCUGCUACACUGACAGACUGUGUGGCUCUUUGGAAACACCCAGGAAGGGGCUCCAGUCGGAGGAUCUUCCUGGCUAUGCAACUGCACAGCUCUUAGGCAUCACGCAAAGGAUCAGCCAGACAAUGGUAGUGGGAAGAAGCCCUUCCUCCCCUUCCGCAAGCAGCUCUCGGCCAGCUCAGAAUCUCUUCUGCAGCCCCCAGGGCUUCUUGAAGCAGAGAACCCUCCCUGGUGUCUUCCCAGGAUAAGUAGAAAUAUCACAGAGCAAAGGCCUUCGGGAGUUGUGAGGCUGCAUCUGCUGGAGCAAAGAGAAACCCUGGGCUUUCUGUCCAGAUACUCUUGAGAUCUAUGACCCUGCUCCUGUCACCCCAACUUCCCCAAACCAGAGGUAGCUUUCUCAGAGCCCCUUGGGGGUUUUCUCCUCCAUGCUGCUGUUGGGGGCAGGCUUCCAGCUGUCAGUGGGCAGUGCACAUCCUCCUAAAUGCAGGCACUUGCCAGGGAGAGUGUGAGCUGGCAUCUUUUGUUCACCCUGCCUAGCAGUUGUCACCAUUCACAAAUGGCGUUAUUUAUAUUGUGCUGCUGUCCAGCUGCUAAGAACCCUUCAUCUGCACAAGCCCUGGCUAGAUAUGUGUGAAUAUGUGGCAUCUUUCCAUUUCUGUUGUCCUCUUCUAUCCCACCUCUGCAGCCAGAUUCAUUGGCUGAUGCUCACUGCUCACUAUCUAUCCCCAUGAAAUUUAUAGUUUUAUCAAUAGUCUUAAAGUGUUGAUCUCAAACAUGUAUAUUAGAAAAAUCAUGUUUCUUCUCUCUCUUCUCUCAUCUUACUUUUCUCUUCUGAUUUCUCUCUUCCUAGAACACGAUCUCUGUUUAACACCAAUGUUCACCUCAUAUUUUUUAGAAGUGCAAAAAGCUCAGUUUAUGUCUGUUUACAGCUCCUCUCCUCACUGCUCACAGCAAGCAGGUCUGUAGCAGUGGAUUUUAUUUUGUAGCUGAUGAGAUGUUAAGGCAAGCCUCAGCAUCAGCCCCCGCUAGGUUCACAGUGCUGCUUCCUCGAAGAGAAGCCACAGAGUCCAAGUGGCAGGACUUGAGGUUGGCUUCCAGUCUGCCUUAGAAGUUAAUUUUCCAAAGUACAUUACAAAUCUCUGAGGCCAUUAGGGGAAAAGGAAGGAGUGUGGUUUGUCUUUGAAAUUACGGUUAAUACUUUUCGGCAAUAAGUCUGGCUGGUCGCAAGGCUGUUUGCCCCAGCAGCACCAGCCUAUGACAUCUCUUCCCUUUCCUUUGUGCCACCGAGUCGUUCCCUGGCCAGAGGACAUAAGUGGUGCUGAUAGGAGGCUAUCAGAGUGAGGAAGGUAGGAAAUGAGGGUGCAGGGUGCCUGUCAUUCACUGUGUUAUUUGGUUUGAAUCAAAGUGAUCCUGGGGAAGAUGUGUUCUUUCAGUGGGUAAUAAAAUCAGUAACUCUAUUGUAGAACAUGUCAAUCGAUGUGUGAAGAAAACAGAGCACACAGUAGGUGUUGAUAACCAGACAGUACUGUGUACGUCACGUGGCUGCGUGGAUGUGCACUGCCAGCAUGGUGUGUGUGGAGAUGUGGCUCAUGCCAGAGCUUGUAGAGCCUGUUUUGGGUUUUGCACGUGGAUCAUAUGUUAAGCUUUUUCUUUUCAAUAAAUGAAUUUUAUUUUUUAUUUUUGAGAGGUUGCUGUCUGUGUCUCUUUUUUUUCUUUUUAUGUCACUCUGAUCCCUUUAUUAGAUGCUGGGUUCAAUGUUUCUGGCUUAUGCCACAGAGUUCAUAUGGGAAAGUGGCACAAGCAGUAGACCCAUGUAUGGAAUUAAGAGUUGCCCAAGAAGAAAGGGACCAGUAAUGCUUUGUUUUGUUUUUUCUGUUAGGCAUUCCUCCCCUCCCUAAACCUCCUCCUGCUUCUCCUGAAAACUGGAGUAAGAAUUUUCAGCCCUCUCCAUGCAUAGCAGAUGAGCCCACGUGACAGAUGUCAUAGCCAGUUUUAUAUGUGUCAACUUAUAAUUCAGUCACACACUAACCCAGGUGUUGCUGUGAAGGUAUUUUGUAAAUGUGGUUAAUUAACAUCUAUAAUCAGUUGCCUUUAGGUAAAAGAGGUUUUCUCAAUAUUGUGGGUGGGCCACAUCCAAUCAGCUUAAAGGCAUUCCGAGCAAAGCUGAGAUUUGCCUGGAGAAGUAGUUCUGCCUCAAACCUGCAUCAUCGGCUGCUGCCUACGGGCCAAUUGCAAGUGCCAGGUUGUUUACCUGUGCUUCUGACUGGCUGUAAAUUAUAAAUCAGGGUUCCCAUGAUUCUGUUUUGGGGUUUGAUUUGUUAGAGCAGCUCACAGAACUCAGGGAAGUACGUUUCCCAGUAUAUUAUACAAAGGAUACAGAUAAAGAGAUAUAGGGCAGGGGAUGGGGGGCAAGGCGCAGAGCUUCCAUGCCCAUCUGUGUGUUCCACCCUCCAGGAACUUCUGCAGGAUCAGCUCUCCAGAGCUCUCCAAACCCUGUCUCUCCUCUUGGGCCUUUUAUAAAAACUUAACUGGGUAGGCAUGAUUGACAGCCAUGUGGAAUUAUGACUGAACAGAUAAAUGUAAAAUGUAAUAUUAAUAGACUGGAGAAACCCAGGAAAGAGAUUCUUCUUGGCCUCUCCAUGCAGCAUUCCUUCAUCCAGAGCAUAGAGCAGGAUCACUUCUGAAAUGAGGGUCUAUGACUCACAAUUAAACAAGGUAAUUUUUUAUGGCCAGCUCUAAGACAGAAAGCCAGAGGAAAAUUAAGUUUUUUUUUUUUUUUUUUGGUUUCUAUAGACUAUCUUGGGGAGAAAUAACACGGGCUAUGGAACUUAGGAGCCAGGAACUGUGUACAAAAACCAACAUAUAUAUAUAUAUAUCAUAAUACCAUAGUCACAUAGACAAGGAAAAAACGACCAUCUGAGCUGCCUCCUCUAUGAUUUGAAAAGUAAUCUUUGUUGACUACUGAAUUAAACAAGUUUAAAAACAGAGCCUUCAAGGAACACUGUUAAAGUGUAACAUUUUACUAAGAGAGGAAGGUAGAAAUGUAGUCUGUUGUCUAUUUUCAUUGUCAAUAUCAUUUCUGGAACAGGAAGGUCAGAGAUUUAGCAGCUAUACCAAGCCGCCAACCAGUAGGUAGCAGCACUGGGAUACACAAGCAAGUCUCGUUCCAGAACCUGAGCACCUCCCAAGGCGCUACCUGUCUUUGUUGCAGCCUCAAGAGGGAGGUUUGCCUUGAGGAAUUGUGAGGGUUAGAGAGAAUGUUGUAAAGUGCCAUAUGUUAUAAUCACAAAGAACUUCUUAAACAUUUUCUGAAAUAUUAGCUGACCUGAAGAAAACCAGGACUCCAAAGUACUUCUGCUUGUAUUUCCUGCUGUCCAUUCAUGCGCUGAUGUCUUGCUCGCUUCCUCUGCGCAGGGCACUCAAUCCUCUUUUAGAUUGUCCACCUCUUGAAGUUUUUAUUUCUACUCGCAUUUAUACCUAAUGUAAUCCCUUCUUCCAGAAAGCCAGGGCUCUGGGGUAAGCCCAUUGCACUACUGGAGGCAUAAACCUGAGUGACAGUGGACUGAAUUUGAACCCUAAGCCUGGGGCACUUUGCUAUGUAGGCUGCCUUACUUAGCCCAUUGCAGUUGUUGUGCUGAGGAACUAUGUGUGUCUUUAAUGGGUAUGCUUUACUAGAUCCUUGGCCACUGGUCUCC